CGCCACGCGGGGUCAGCGCGGGGUCAGCGUGGGGUCGGAGGGCCAGGUGCGCUGCGGUUCCGACGGCUGCCCGGCUCCCCGGCUCCGCGGCCCGGCCGGGCGGGCGCAGGGCAGGAUGUACACGCUGCUGUCAGGCCUGUACAAGUACAUGUUCCAGAAGGACGAGUACUGCAUCCUGAUCCUGGGUCUGGACAACGCCGGGAAGACGACCUUCUUGGAGCAGUCAAAGACGCGGUUCAACAAGAACUACAAGGGGAUGACUCUGUCCAAAAUCACUACCACUGUGGGCCUAAACAUCGGCACUGUGGACUUUGGAAAGGCCCGCCUCAUGUUCUGGGACUUAGGGGGGCAGGAGGAGCUGCAGUCUUUGUGGGACAAGUACUACGCGGAGUGCCACGGCGUCAUCUACGUCAUCGACUCCACGGACGAGGAGCGGCUGUCCGAGUCCAAGCGAGCAUUCGAGAAGAUGGUCACAAGCGAGGCGCUGGACGGUGUCCCCAUCCUGGUGCUGGCCAACAAGCAGGACAUUGAGACUUGCCUCUCCAUCCCGGACAUCAAGACUGUGUUCAGCGACUGCGCCUCCAAGAUCGGCAGGCGUGACUGCCUGACCCAGGCCUGCUCGGCCCUCACGGGCAAGGGGGUGCGCGAGGGCAUCGAGUGGAUGGUGAAAUGCGUCGUGCGGAAUGUGCACCGGCCGCCGCGGCAGCGGGACAUCACGUAGGCACAGCCGGCCCAGGGCGCCCACCGCUCGUCCCGAAGAGCUCCUGCUGGCUCCGCACCGCUGAUCCCCCUGGGGGCUGGGUUGGCUUUGCCUUGUGGUGGUUCUACUUGCUUUGUUUUUCUUCUAAGACAAACUUUUUUCUGUAUCCAGAAAA